AACGACCCGGGCUGUUUGGUAUGGAUGUAACAGCGUGGGAACUCGAACAAAUAAUCGGUGCGGCUUCGUCUGAAAAGGUCAAAUAUGGGAAGCGGAAAGCCGAAUACAGUCCUUUAAAGGAAAAGAACAAACGUUUAAAAGCUGAGAACUCGGUUUCAAACCAUGAAAAAGUUGUCGAAACGCCAGCUACAAAGUGUGCUAUUGAAGAGCACAAGCCUGCAACAAAUGACUUAAGAAAUUCUGUCAUUUAUAAAGAAAUACAAAGUAUUUUAGAACAUCGUAACAAAUGCACAUUAAAAAUCCACGGACUGCCUGCCAAAACAACUAUAAAUGAAUUAGAAAAACUGGCUCCGGAAGCAAAAGCCUAUCGUUUACCAUGGAUAACUCGUCUUUACCGAUGCCAUGGAUUCGCCUUCCUGGAGUUCGAAUCAGAGGAACAAGCUUUGAUGCAUAGAGAAAGACUUCACAAAAAGCCUUAUGGGAACAAAAAUUUAUUCGCCAGUGUUGGGAAGUUCAUCUCAGAAUGUAUUGACGACUAUGAUUGCAAAAUGCUUGUCCUUUAUGGAGUAAAUUACAAUGUUAAAAAAGGUGAAAUAGCAAGAAAAUUUCCGUCUUCCACUAAUAUAUCAUUCGAUAAAACUAGUCACUUAAAUGCUAGACAUAAACCUGGCGUCGCUUACUUGACUUUUGCAUCAGAAGAAGAUGCUGUGAAUGCCAUAAAAUGUAGACAUGGUUGCUUAUUAAGAGGUCGAAAAGUAUCCGUUCUUUUCCACACAAAGCAACAAGAAAAAAGCAAGAAUUGUCUUUUAGUUCGUGGCUUAAGUAAAAAGGUGAAUAAAGAUGAUCUUCUGGCUGUAUUUCCUCAAGCAUCAACGGUUCAUAUUAAUCACUUUCGUGGUGAAGCUCGAAUUACGUAUGAUUUAGAGGAGGAUUGUCUGUUGGACCAGAAACAAGCAAAAGAUGUGUCGAUCGGUGGUCGGAAAAUCCAGGUUUUUACGAUUUCUGUUAAGAAAAAGGAUACAUCCCAUUCAGUACCUAAAACUGGACAGUCUGGAAUUUCUAACGCAGAUAAGGAUGUGCCGUCAAGUAUAGUAAUAGAUAGAUCUACUCUGCCUUUAUGCGAAGAAACUAUUUUUAAGUUAUUUCCAAAAGCAAUUGACUUCUGCAUACCCUCACAGUCAGUUUCUCAAAAUAGUGUGGCAUGUGUUAAGUUCGCCACUUUAUCACAAGCUAAACGAGCGAUCAAAUCAUUAGAUGGCAAAUCAAUGCGAGCUAGAAUAGCCAAUCCGAAAAGAAUGAGACUUCUUGGCAUUUCUGAAACGUUUACUACAGAGAAAAAGGAUGGAACUAAUAUACCUCUUUUUCCUAUUAAGGUCGAGCACAAUAAAACUAGUCAAAAAGUCAAACGAAACAAGAACAACCACAGAUCUAAAGCUCGAUUUCCGAGUUAACAUGUAAAUUUCUAAAUAAAUAUAAUACUGCAACUAA